GAUGUUUACAACUUUGUCUUGUAAUCGCUGAGUAGUGGAAGUGUCCAAGAAACUUUAAUACAAAUUUAUUUUACGCUGUCAAAUAAACUGUAGGCCUAGGCUCAUUCUAAGGUCGUUGUUUUAUUUUUUAGUAUUUCAGUAAUGGAAUUUAUAUUUUGUCUGUGCUAAACAUUGUUAGGCUGUUUACUGUGCUCUGUUCCUUGUGAUAUUUUCAUUUGUCCUGUGUGAGUGUGCUGAAGAAGACCCUAUGCCAUGCUAUGCCAAAACUCAAAACGUUCUAAUCGUAUUGUCCUGUCCUUAAAUUCAAGCUUCCACAUACCUCGUUUUGCUAUUUCAUUAGGCUAAGAACUUAGGGCUACGGCUACUUAACUUAAAAGGCUGCUGCUAUUCGGACCCGAGUAUCAGAAGUGAGAGUUUGGGUUUAUUUUAAAAUGUUAUUAUCAUAAUUGUAGUUGUAGGGUUUGUUAGAAAAAAAUUGGUAUCAAAUAAAAGAUAAUUGAAUGGACUAUAUUAUAUGUUUGUAAGCUUAAUUCUUCAGUUUAACCAAAAUAAACUUCCCCAAAUGACAUCCAAAUAGCAUUUAGUCUAAAGUAAAGGGACCCAAGUAAGCAUAUGCCAUUUGCCCAUAUUUAAGAGGCUACAGGCAUAGCUGCUAUUUGGAUGAUCUCCCAUUCCUUGAUAUCUAUGUUAGCUUCCCUCAUAUUCCCUUACAGACCCUUCCAUCCAAUAAGUUUUGCCCCUUCUGCCAACUCCUUCAUUCUUCAUGCAGCAGAUCCUUUGGAAUAUGACCUUAAUGGAAGCUACUGAGUUUCCGCUCAUGACUGGCAUAUGUGAUCCAUACUUCAGUGCCAUAUAAAAGUUUACAAAGCACACAUGCCUGAGAGAUGUUUCAUUUUGUACUAUCAGUUAUUUUAAGAAUAUUCCAGUCCCACUUAUUUAAUUUAGUUGCUGCAGCUUUUGGGAUCCUGAUGUUCACCUCUUCGUCAACAGAGAGUGAACUAGAGAUAUUUUAUCUUAAGUUAAGUGAAAUGCUCAAUUACCUACCGAAAGGUUCCAGUAAAGAUAAAGUCCAAAAGUUCUCAAACAGUUAAAAGCCAUUUCGAAAGGGAACAAUUCUGGUCAUACUUAAUGUUUCUGUAUCCCUAUAACUAUUUAAUUUUACUAAUUUGAUCCCUGUUAAUUCCUCUUUAAAUAUAAUGUAGAAUGAACCUUAACAUUACUUAGGCUAUCAAAAAAAUUUAAAACAUGAGCUCCAUGGAGUAUGAUGAUGGAGCAGACUGCCAUUUAAGAAAGACAUAUUUUUUUCUUUGAUUAUUUUUCAAAAGUACACACAGUGAUUGAGUGGAUAACUUUUGUUGAAUACUUUAUUUAUACCAUAUAUUCCAUUAAGUUCAUGAUAUGCAUCUAGGUUAAAUGUAGAACCUAAAUCUACCGAGUCCAUUAUAGCCUUAGGCAAUAGGAAAGCACAAGUUUACACUUUAGACACCUACAUUUCAUAUUAUAAAUCAUUUUCAUGUUGUAAUAAUAUCCAUGACAUUGAAAGAUUGAUUUGAUGAUAACAAGCUAUAACUGAUUAUAUCGGUGCUUCUAUUUUUGUGGACUGGAUCAAAUUUUUUUUCUCCUUCUUACUAGCAGCCCUAUCACCAUGUCAUUCCAACCCAAUGUGCCACCCUCGCUGGUGGCAAGAAAACUUAAGGCUGAAAAUGAAAUGGGAAUAGAUGAUGAUGAGCCCAAAAAGCAGUCAAGGGAAGAAUGGAAGAAGCAACGUGAGCUUGAAGAAAUGAGAAAAGCUGGUACAGCUCCAGCCAUGAAAGAUGAAGAAGGAAAGUUAGUAAAUAAUUUAUUAUUUUAAUACAAUCAUUAGGUGAUUAGAAUUACUUUUAGCCCAUUGCUCUAUUUAUAAAAUUAAAUUUUUGCCUUCAUACUAAAAGAAAAUCAAAUAAUUAAUCAGUUGUAAAUUUUUAAAAUUUAAACAUUGCUUAUUUAAUGUUGGGAUAAAAAAUACAUGCUAAUAAAAUAUAUCUUUCUUUUAGAGACAUUAACCCUCACAUACCCCAGUACAUCAUGCAAGCACCUUGGUACUUUGGAGCUGAGACUGCUACAUUAAAACAUCAGCGACAGCAGCCGGAAAAAAUACCUGAAUAUGCUCCACUGGGGGUGUCUUUUAAAAAGGGUGUCAAAGAGGUAAUUAAUUUAAUAAUGAGGUUUAAGGAAUAUCAAUAGAAAAAUAGGGUUUCAAUAGUCAUAGUUUGGAGGUUAACAUAACUUAUAUGACUUGUCAUUGUUAUUACCAAUUAAACGUCCAUUAUUUUAUAUUAAAUAGAUUUUUCUUAAAGUUGAAUAUUUUGCGUAAUAAAUAUUCUAAAGCAAAUAAUUUUUUAACUGGUUGCAGGGACCAAUAGCUGUUAAAUUCCGAAAGGGAGCUUGCCAGAAUUGUGGUGCCAUGACUCACUCAAAAAAAGACUGUCUUGAAGUACGUAUUUUAGUAUUGUAUAUCUCUUUGAAUUUUUUAUCUUCAUUGUACACUUUGACCAAAAAAAAUUGUCUUUAAAUUUGAUAAACAAAGUAAAUUUUAUCUCAUAGAUGUCAGUAUUACAACACAGAAAAGUUGUGAGAUGCUGGGGAUACAUUUAGUUUAAAUGACACUACCUUAUAAUUUUUUCAGCGUCCAAGAAAAAUCGGAGCUAAGUUCACAGGAGAGAAAAUAGCUCCUGAUGAAUAUCUUGUACCAGUAUUAAAACAAGAUUAUGAUGGAAAAAGAGAUACUUGGAAUGGAUUUGAUUCUGAGGAACACCAAAGAAAACUCCAAGAAGAAUAUAGAGAAAUAGAAGAGGUCAUUCUUUUUUUUUUCUUUUUUUUUUUUUAUAUGAAGUAAUACAAAAUUCACUAUUUUCCUCAUGAAGCAUUCUUAAAUAAUAUCUAUAUUUAAUACUAUAACUAAAAUCACAUAAAAGCUCAUAAACUAUAACUAUAACAAAAAGAAAACUCCAAGAAGAAUAUAGAGAAAUAGAAGAGGUCAUUCUUUUUUUUUUCUUUUUUUUUUUUUUAUAUGAAGUAAUAAAAAAUUCACUAUUUUCCUCAUGAAGCAUUCUUAAAUAAUAUCUAUAUUUAAUACUAUAACUAAAAUCACAUAAAAGCUCAUAAACUAUAACUAUAACAUAAAUGAUCAUAAAAGAUAUUCUGGUCAUCAUUUUUCUUUUUCAUCAUUCAAAUCUUAAUUUGAUGUUUGAAUUAUUGUUUUUCUUAUCACAUUUAUAAAUAGAAUCUUACUCAAUAAAAUGUUCGUUCGAUGCAUGGUUCAUAGAACUUUUUACUUCUUUCUAAUGGUAGGCUAAGCGGACUCUCAAAGAAAAGGUUUUAGAUGAAUCACUAAUGACAGGUGAAGAUGGAGGGGACAAGGAAGCAAAGGUAUGUUGUUUUCUCAUUUUUAAGUUUUGAUUUACAUUUUUAUGUCUUGAAAACAUUUUGUUUGACUGUAUAAUCAGAAUUUUAAAAAAUAAAUCUUUAGUGAGCAUAACUGUAUAUUAAAACAAUUUUUUUUUAAAGUUGUAAAAUAUCUUCAUUCUAUGUGAGAGAAUGAAUUAUUAAAUUAUUUUUAUGUAGCACUAAUUUUAAAAGAGUUGCAGAAAAUUAAGCCAAUUAUUGUAUGUCAGACAAAUCAACAUCAAAUUAAACAUCAAAACUUAUUGACUCAAAAAUAAAUUAUCUAAAUUUUUUUCAUUUUUAUGUGCUUACAUAAAUUUUUUAUCCUCUUAUAAUGAAUUUAAAAACCCACAGCCAAGCAUAUUUUAAGUGUGGAUUUGGCUAUACAUUUUUAAGUAAUAUUAUUGUAGGCUUUGGGUGCAUCACACUGGGCCAAGUUUGUGUAAAAUCUCAUAUCACUAUUGAUAAGAAUUUUUGUAUGAUAAAUAGAUAUUUAAAAUUAUUUCGAAAAUUUUCUAUUCCAAAUUUAUGUUUCUAGUUAAUUUGCAUUAUUUUCUUAUUUUUUAGGCUGGGGAGAGCGAUGGUGAAGAUAAAUACUAUGCUGAGGAGAUGGACAUGCCUGGACAGAAAUUUGAGACCAAGCAGAGAAUCACUGUUAGAAAUCUGCGUAUUAGAGAAGACACAGCAAAAGUAAUUCUAUCAUGACAAUCAUUCAUUAAUUCAUUAUCAAUAGUUACAUUUAUAACACUUGCAGCUUGAAUUCACGAACUUUGUGAAAGACAUUGCACUUCAUGUUUUUUUUAAUUUUGAUACCCGGUAAUUAUAAAAUGUACACAUUUUUUUUAAAAUUCUAAUUAUUUUUGCUAUAAAAUGUAAUAGAUUAUUAGAAAUAAAUUUUCAAAAUACCACACUCUGAAAAUAUAGUUAUAGAAAAUUUAAUUACUUUAUUUAUUAUGAUUUUUGUAUGUAAACUCUACAGUAUCUGUAUAAUUUGGACAUAAACUCAGCUUAUUAUGACCCGAAGACAAGAUCCAUGAGAGAAAAUCCAUUGAAAAACACAAGCAAGGAAGAUAUCACUGAGUAUGUCAAUUUUGGUAGUAUUAAGUCAACUUAUGUAAUUUAAUUUACAUAUAGGGGUUAUGUGUUACUAUGAAAAUAAAAAAGUAAUUUCUUCUGUUUAGUUGAAGCCUUGUGCUUAAUAGGUCAAGUUUUUUAAUAACUUUAUUAAUUUUAAAAUUUUGGAUAUCUGUUGCUAACUUUCCGAUCAGGCUGAAAUUUGGUGGAGACAAUUUUGUGAGGUACUCCGGAGAUUCACAAGAGAUGGCAAAAAGACAAUGUAAGUCAUGUUGUAACAAUAUAUACAGUUGGUUUGUUAAUAUGUGUUCAAGUCAUUUCAUCAUGAUUUUUUUAGAUUAUUCCUUUAUGUCAUUUCAAAAUGACUCAAACAAGAAAUAUAUUUUUUUUAAAUCAAGUAAAAGUUUCAUUAACUUAAAAGGCUAAACAAUAAGCCACACUAAAGCAUACAAAUUGUAUAAUGGUUACAUGAUUAUACUGCUUUUUUAUUAGUGCUGGUGACCCUGCAGCUUUACGGUAGUGCAAAUAGCACAAUAGAAGGUAGCAGGAUUUUAAUUUGAAAGAGUCAUCCUAAACUGUGGGAAAACUUGUGGGUCUCACUGACUUGACUGCCCAGCAAGAUAGACAUUGUUUGGGAGACGGGAAACCCCACUAAAAAAAAUCCACGCCCAAAGACGGCAGCAAACUUGACAAGGAAUUAAAUUGCAUGUCUAUGCUGCUGUGUCAAAGGAAGACAAAAAAACUGCUGAUUUUUAUUAAGUGUAAUCAACCAUGACAAAUCUUCUAGUUUUUAUUUUAUUGUAUGAAAGGACUUUGUUAUUCCCAGUGGUAAGUGCCAAUUGCCAUUUGACUCGCUUGCCCACAAUUUUUAAUCUUCUGAUUUCAGUGUUUGCUUGGGAAGCCUACGAGCGAGGCAACGACAUCCACCUUCAAGCAGAUCCGACAAAACUCGAACUUCUCCACAAAGAGUUUGAGAAGAGGAAAGGGGAGUUUAAAAAGACUGCAAAAGAUUCUAUUCUUGAUAAAUAUGGUGGUCAAGAGUUUCUGGAAGCUCCUCCUAAACAGCUGCUACUGGCACAGACAGUAGGUUUUUUGUUAAAUGUUCAGUUUAUUUUGUGCUUGUUCUCAAGAAACCAUAAAAUAGCAUAAAAAUUUGUAAUGCGUGAACAGAUCAGUUUUUAACAUUUCAGAAACAAAUGCUUUUUAAGCUUUGAGAAAUUGAAGCAAACUUCGCAACAAUAAUUUUCAAGUUGUAUCUUUGAUACCUUAUUAUUAAUCUUGUGUAACUAGUGAGAUAUUUUCAAUCAGUCUGGGAAAAUUGAAAACAUUUAACAUCUUAUCUAAUGUGGAUGUUGUAAGUAUGAAGCAUUAUUAGUAUUAAUUAUUGUAUAAUAAUUCAUACCCAAAGCUCACAUUAUGAAUCUUUUAUUUAUGUAAUUAUUUUUCUGUUUUAACUUUGUUUUAUGCUACUGUAAAGCCUUUCAAAUGAAACAUCAUCAAAAGCCUGUAAGAAAAUAUUGAGAACUUGGUGAAGUAAAGAUCCCAAUGACCUGCAAAGAUUGAGAACUGCUGUUAUAUUAAAUUAUUUUGUAACAGGAAGACUACGUAGAAUAUUCAAGAACAGGCUCCGUCAUUAAAGGUCAGGAGAAAGCAGCUGUCAAGUCAAGAUAUGAGGAGGAUGUUUAUAACAACAAUCAUAAAGUAGGUUUUGUCUUUGACCAGAAACAUUUCUCAUAUUACCAUUUGCUAUAACCAUUGUUGAUAAAAAUCACGAUUUAAAAAAAAAAAAUGAUUUAUUUCAGAUUAAAUUUGAUUUAAUAAGAUUUUCAACAUUUAAAUUUGAUUGCUUUUUAUUCUAUUUUAAAAAAAAGCUUUCCUUAGAUUUUGAAGUACAUUUAUAUUUAUAAAGAUUAAACAUAAUCUAGUUAUAGUAUAGUAUAUAAUUCAAUUUUAAAAAUGUAAAUUGCAUUUUUGAAAUUGAAAUCAUAUUUUUUUUUUCUUGAAAUAUAAUGUACGAGUAAAUAGUAUUUAAAUUAGUUCUAUAAAUUUAAUUUUUGAUUUUAAUAUACUGAAUUAAAUUUAAGUAAAAUAAUGUUUAAAAGAGUAAUAAAAUCUUAAUCAAAACUCAUUAAAGGUAUAAUAAGGGGAGAGACUGCAAUCAGGUUAGCACAAAAUAAAAUGAGUAAAACAGAGUAGGGUUAAACCUGAAAAAAGAAACGCAACAAAACAACGUAAAAGGAACGAAGUUGGUUCAUAGUAGUUUUGAAGGAAGGCAUAGCAGAGCAGUGACGGACUGGGGGAAAGGGGAUGUCGGUAAAAAGGGGGAAAAGUCAGAAGGGUAAUGUAAGAAUAAGAGAAAGUUGAUGAGAGAGAGAGAUAUGAACGGACGUACCAAUUGCCCAAAGGGAUAAAGUAAGAAAAUAUAAUAGUAAAUCAAAAUUAAUGGGACGGAAACAAACGACAAGUAGCAGUGAAGAAGUAAAUUAAAAAGGAUAAUAAGGAGAGAGACUGCAAUCAGGUUAGCACAAUAUAAAAUGAGGAAAACAGAGUAGGGUUAAACCUGAUUUGUGUUGUUUUGUUGGGGGUUUUUUUUUCAGGUUUAACCCUACUCUGUUUUACUCAUUUUAUAUUCUCAUUAAAAGUAGAAGGAUGUUCAUACUUUUUCCUAAACUGAUAUUUCUUAUAGUAAAAUGUUGUCUUCAUUUAAAUAUGUUUUUAUUUAUGUUAUGAAAUUGAAUGUGUACAAUGUAACAUUUACAUUUAUUUGGAUUAAUAAGAGGAUCUUAUCUUAUCAAAAUUAUUAUCAAAUAUCAAAUAAUUAAGUAAAACAAAGUUUUAAAAAUUUAUAAUCAAUGUUAGUCAUUGUCUUAAUAUUAAUUAUAUUAUAGUCUCUAUAUAAUCUUUAUGAAUAAGAAUUUUAAUUAAUUUUCACACUUUCAAAUUAUGAAUAUCAGUGUCAUAAUAUUGUCAUUCGUCCAUGUCAUUCGAUUCCACCAAAACCUUCUUAUUAAAUAAUUUGAAUAGAAAAACUAAUUUUCCAGCUUUUAUCAACCCAGUCAAUUUCUUAAAACUCAAAAGUUUAAUUGAAUUGAAAAGGAAAAUUUUAUUAUAAAAUUGUGCAAUCAUAAUUAUGUGUAAAUAAAUAAUAUAUUAUGUUAUUAAUAAUGCAUAACAAAACUAAUGAAGUUCUUUAUAUAUAAUAUUAUAUAAGAAGCCUUUCAAUAUAAAUAGAUAAGAUAAAAUAAAAAUAUUAGAAAUCAUUUUUUAAAAUUUAAAUCAUAACUUUAAUUGGUCCGAUUUAAAUGGAUUGAUUUAAAUCACCUUAACCCUGGCUGUAACUUAACUGUGUCCUAGAUGAUCUUUAACUAGUUACUUUUCUUACAAAACUGAAUGGGCAACAGAAAAUAAAACACAUAAAAAUGUUGAUCAAUAAAAUUACAGCCAAAUUAUAAAAAAAAUAAAAAUUAAAAAAAAUCACAUAAAAACAUUUUUCAGGAAGUAAAUUUGUCCUACAGAAACCAUCCAAUUUCAAUAAAAUAUAACACACAAGAAGUCAGGUAAAGUUCUCGAAAACAACUGCACCCAUUUUUAAAUAAAUGAUUCUCACUUCAUUUGCCAGUUUUGUUUGAUAAAAAUAAUUAUCUAAAUAAUAAGUUGUCUGUAAAUCAUUCUGACAUUCAUUGCAUUACUUUGUAACAAUUGUUUCAGUCUGUGUGGGGAUCCUUCUGGAGAGAUGGCAGGUGGGGCUAUGCUUGCUGCCACUCUUUCAUUAAGGAGUCUUACUGUACUGGGGACGCAGGGAAGAAGGCAGAGGAAGUGAGUGCUGUAAUAAUGUCAUACAAAUGAAGAAGCCACAGAUUUAUUAGUUUGAUUUAAAAAUAAUUAGUUGCCAAUUAAUAUCUCUAUUGUUUGUCAUUUUUAUGAAAUUUGUAUACCAUUAGCAAUAAUCAGCAGUAAUGAAAAUUUCCAAUUUUUUUAAGAGGUAAAAAAUGUUAUUCACAAUCUUUUACUUUUUAGGAAAGUAACCUUCUUGCCAUCCCAGGAAAUAUCAGAGCUAACCAGAUAGCAGAAGAAUCAUUAUUGCAGGUUAGUGAAACGCAUUCUUUUAAGUAUGACAUAAUUUUUUUUAGGCGGAUCAGCCAACUUGUUUAUUAAUUGUAUUUUUAUAAGGAAAUAUAUAUAGCAGAAUAUUUUAAUGGUUUCAUUACCCCAAGACUUUUUACAUAUAUGAAAAUAGAGACCGACCAAACUUCGGCGCCAAAAGUUGCCAUUUGAUCCCUUUCGACCUAGUUUCGGUUUUGGCCGAAACUGAAAAGUUAACUUUCGUCUUAAUUUCGGUUUCGGAUGAAACUGAAAAGUUAAAUUUUGGUUUAAUUUCGGUUUUGGCCAAAAGUGAUUGAGACUUUUAGCCAUAGGCCAAAAGUGACUGAGGUUUUUGGUUAUCUACCAGAAGUCAGACUGUCUGUCAGCCGGCAAUCCGAUAUUCAUUAUUGCUCGCCAUCUUGCUAUCAUCAUAUGUUAUAUGAUUAAUAUUCAGCCAAAAUUGCUCACAGCUGUUUGAUGACUUAAAUUUUCCUAUAAUUCCAAAAAAUUAAAAUUUAAAAUAGCGGCUAUGCGUACCCGGGUCUCUUUAGACUAAAUCCCAUUCCGAUGUCAUUUGUGGCAGAUUAUUUUAGUUAAACUGAAGAAGUAAGUUUACAAACAUAUAGUCCAUUCAAUUAUCUUUCAUUUGAUACCUCAUUUUGUCUUACAAACCCAACAAUAUAAUUUUAAAUAGUCUUUUAAUCCCAAACUCUCACUUCUUAUACAAGGUUUUGAAUAGUGGCAAUUAUAAUUAUGUUGUAGGCCUACUGCAAACCUGUUUAGAACAACAAUUUUAAGAGACCCUACCAAUGGGGGGGAGUGAGGUUUGUUUCUGAUCGAAAUCAUUACGUCACCAACAGGGAAAGACUAGUGUGUUAGUACUAGGCUAAAUAUUAAUACAGGGAUAUCUUGCCAGCUAUUUAUGAAAACACAAAGCAUUAGUAUGGCGAUAACCGUGAAACAUUGUGAUGAAAUUUUAUAGCCUUAAUAAAUGAUAUUUAUGUGACUAUUGACUCUAUUAGAGCCAAAAUAAUUACUGUAGUUAGUAUCAGGUAUAUGUUCUAGGUUGUAAUUAUAGUAUAAAAGCAAAGGGCACUUAAGGGACUAUUCUUCAUGAAUUUUGCCAAGCUCCCUCCUCCCUCUGGUCCAAAUUUUCUCUUACCAUACUACUUAAAAAAAAACAUUUUAAAGAAAUUAAAAUUACUUUAAAAUUAAAAUGGUAAAACCCAAAGUAUUCAUUAGAUGUUUAUUAAUAUUCACGGUGAUCUCAUUUUUUAUAAAAAGAAUGUAAAUAUUGAUACUUUACCCCAUCGAGGUUUGUAGAAUGUAUGUAUGAAUGAAUUUCAAAAUAUAUAAAUAUUUAGCUAUCGGCUUCGGUUUUGGCCGAAAAUCACUUUAAGCUUUCGGUUUCGUCCAAAAGUCAUUUUUAACUUUCGGCCUAGUUUCAGCUUCAGCCGAAAUCAGAAAAUCACUUUUGGUCGGUCUCUAUAUGACAAUAUGAGUAUUAAUUGAUUCUCUAUUCACCCCAUAAUGUUACAUGAAUAUAUCAUUUGGAAAAUCUUAAGUUUCCUUUGUUUUUAAAGAUUAUAAUAAGUUAUUAAGCAGAAAUGACUUUAUAAAUUAAGAUUGUCAAUUUGAAAGUUAGAGUUUUUUUUUUUAAAGAAUAUGGUUAACAAUAUGUUUACUUAAGAUCUGAGUUUGAUUCUAAUCUUCACAAAUCUUUGGUGAUAAAAAUGAAAUGUCAAUGCUAUAACCAAUUGCAGAUAUUUUUUUAGUAUUAUUAUAGAUUAGCUAACAUAUUAAAAAUAAUGUUUUGGGAAGACUGGAAUAAAACUUAAUAGAAUAGGAAAGAACUGGAAUCUGGACUGUGUAGAUUUCUUUUAUUCACAAAUACAUACAUUCCACAAAUUGUUGGUGAUAAAAAUCAAAGAUGUAUUUCCCUAUUUUGUUUUACAUAAUAAGUCCAUAGGAAUUUAGAUUCUACAAAGUAAAUUAAAUGUUUGACAUCUCAACUCAAAAGCCUGUGUUAUUUGAAGGGUCAAUGUGUAAAAAUGCUCUUGAAAUUUACUUCUGAUAUAGAUAUAUAUAUAUAUAUAUAUAUAUAUAUAUUUGUAUAAAUUAUUUGCUUUUCUUUUUCUCUCUGUCAGAAACACAAUAAAAAACAGGAAGAGAAAGAAAAAAAGAAGAAGAGAAAACAAAAGAAGAAAAAAGCAAAGAGCAAAAAGAAAGAAUCUGAUAGCAGUUCAUCUUCCGAUUCAUCAUCUUCCGAUUCAUCAUCUUCCGAUUCAUCAUCUUCGGACUCAUCAUCCUCCUCAUCAUCAUCUGAUUCAUCAUCAGAUGAAGAAGACGAGGAAGCAAGAAAGAAAAGACUUCUGAAAGAGGUUUGUUAUGCUUAGUUUUACUUACCAAGCAUAUUUAAUAUUUGCUUGCCAAGGAAACAAGUGUAUCAAUAAUCACUAGGUUUUGAAAAAAAGAAAAACUAUUGAUCAUUUAUGCUUAGUCUUCUUCGUACCUUGAUAAGAAAGGGAGAAAUUACAUUUUUAAAAUUCAAACAUUAUUCCAGUAGUGUGGUAUGCAUAAACUGUUCUAAUUGAAGACUAUGAGGAAAUAUAACUUUUUGUUAUUGUCAAAUUUUUCUUACACCAUUUCUGCAUUUCUCGAUACACUUAUAGAGUCUCUUUGAGUUUUUUUAAAUAAUUUUUUUACUAUUCUUAUUUAAACCCAGGCUUUAGAGGCCCAAAAUUCCCACGAUAAGAAGAUGUCACGCCUGCUACAAAUGGAUGAACGUAAGAGGCCAUUCAACAGUAUGGUGGAUGUUAAGGCACCAACAGAUGAAGAAAUGGAAGCUUUUAGAAUGAAAAUGAGACGCACAGAUGAUCCCAUGUCCAAUUUCCUCCCAGAUUGAUCAGUACAUGUUAAGUACUUAUACAAUUAGAGGGUGAAGGUUGUCUCUUUAUGACCUGUUGAAACACAACUGAUCCAUGAAGUCUAACAUCUGUGACCAAUUUAGCAGUGUGAUUUUCAAAAAAGCAGUUCAAACAAUAAUACUAUGUUGGACUAAAGUGCAAGACAGAGCUUAAAAAAACUUUUUCAAAUUUCUGUAGCUGUCAAUUAUAGGGAUUCCUAACCAAGUCAGAAACAAAAAUAUGCACUGAUAUGUCUGAAUCUUCAAUAAUCAGUGACAUGGUGUUGCAGGUCAUUUCUAUAUUUUACAAAAAAAAAGGGUAUGAGUUCAAAAGGGGGAUUAGAACCACUGAUUGAAUUAUCUUUAUUAUCAGUUAAGGACUGGUGUAUAUACAUUUGUUUCACUUAAGUUGACCGGUAUUGAAAUACAAGUAUUGAAAUAUGCUGUGUAUAGAUUAUUAUUUUUUAAUCAUCUUGUCUCAACAGCAGCUCCCAUGUAAGGUAGAUUGAAAUAUGAAUGUGUAUGUUAGAAAUACAUUUACAGUAGAUUUUGGCCAAUAAAAAGUAUCUCUUGUUUAAAUAUUCAAGAUGAACCAUAUUAUGAUCAAGGAGUAUGGGCUUUGUGCUGUUUGGAUCUCACCAGUCAUCACAAAGAAAUCUGCUUUGGCUAGUUGCCCUAAAUCUCCUUCACAAAAAUGACACUUUUAAAAAACUUUUUGAUUAUUCAUUUUCUUAAACUUGUCCUAGAUUUUGGAUGACGUCCUAGAUACUGUGACGAUUUUCUGUCAAGUUGGCACUCAAUUUUUCAUGUAAAUUAAGCUGUAAAUAAAAUUUAAAAUGUCAA